CAUGGUGUUCGAAAGCUACGGAGAGGGGGCCUCAGCCAUCGUGCCCCGGGUCUCUGGAGAGGGGGCUGCAGCCAUGGUGCCUGAGGAUCAGCCCGAGGCCGACGUCCAGGAGCCCGCGCAGAAGGCUGAAGGCCCAGAGGAAACAACUAAAUAUCAGUAUGAAAACACUGAGGAAGAGGCCCAAGAUGCUGAAACUAAGAAAGAAAAAGAAGAGUUUAAGGAGAACAAGAAAGACCCGAAAAGGAUGUGAAUCCAACAGAGAGCAGGCCCGGAAAAUCCACGUAUCUUUUGGAAGAAUGGAAAGAAGAUCGAGAAAGAAGGAAGACCUCAUUGUGCAUUCUUUUUAGGUUUUUCAUUUUAAGUUCAUGGGCAUUUUAUUAAGCACUGAUAACAUUGCAAAGUUUAUUACCCAAAAUGUGCUAUCCAAUGAUAUCUAACUUAUUUUAUAGAUGUAUUUGACAGUAUAUGUAUUGACAGUAGAUGUAUUUGACUAAGUUUGUUUUCAUUAAUAAAAUGAAAUGCAGGCAGAUUUUAUUUAGAUAAAUAAUCCCGACUCAAAUCUCUCUUACCUCUUGUUUUGAAAGGAAUCACUUUCCACCAUUUUGUAAGCUUGCUUUAAAUUAGUUUGUGGCAGCCCAAAAUAAAUUAAAAUGUCAAUUUUAACACAAUAUUUGUAAAGUGAG